AAACAAGCCGGACGUGUAUAGCACGUCUUCGCAGGACUUCUUGCAUGCUGUCUUGUAGCCGAGGAGUCGCAAAGGGUGGGAGGCUGCUGACAGCCUCGUCCACCCGGUGUUCCUCCCCCGCCCACCCGCACCAAUCGUUGUUUUUCCGUGGAGGGUUUUGGCGAAGCGCUGAGGCCCCAGUUGUUGCGAGCGAGAGCAGCUUCGGAGCUUCUGCUAGUCAUGUGCGAAGACGCGCUUCAACGGCGGCAGCGGCAGCCGCGGUCUCCGCCAAAGAGGAGGCUGCGUCGGCGUCUUCCCCUUCGCCUUACGGCGGCGGUGCUGGCGCCGUUGCAGCCGCGGCCGUGGCCGCGGGCGUGGCGGCUUUGAGUUUAGCGGGAGACGAGCGGGAGGAGACCCAGGGAACGAGUUCAACACCACCACCAGCAGCGGCGAGAGGAGGAAGCACAGCGGCAUUAGCAGGGGUCGCGGCAUCGUUGCUCCCAAAGCCGAGCGUGGUGGAGUGCGGGGGCCAGCGAAGGAUUCAGGACAUGUAUCGAAUGGUGGACAGCCCCAUCGGUCAAGGAGCUUUCGGCGUGGUGUGCGCGGGUGUACACAAGGUUACUGGGGAGGUGGUAGCGGUGAAGCAGAUACCUCGCCGGCUCAUGUCGACGCAUCGGCUCCAGGCGGAGGUCGACAUGCUGCGGAUGGCCGGGCAGCACAAGAACGUGGUCGGGUUCCGAGAUCUGUUCUCCGACGAUAACUUCUACUACAUCGUAAUGGAGUUCGCCACCGGAGGAGAGUUGUUUGACCGGCUCGUGACGAAGGGGGCACACAGCGAGCACGACGCCGCGAGCCUCCUGAGGGAGGUGGUGGACGCGGUGGCCUACCUGCACGGGCACUCGAUCAUCCACUUCGACAUCAAGCCAGAGAACAUCUUGCUCCACGAUGCAGAUACCGACGACAUCGACGUGAGGCUGGUGGACUUUGGAUCGGCUUUCGUCGUAGGCGCGACUGGAGAGAGCGGUCCCAAGAACGAUAGCGGGACCAUCGCGUACAGCGCGCCCGAAGUCCUUCGCGGGCAGUCGGUUAGCACGGCAGCGGACAUGUGGAGCCUCGGGGUGGUGCUGUACAUCCUGCUCAGCGGCUUCCACCCGUUCGACCUCGAGGGCGGCGCGAACGACGCUGACGUGAGGAGAAAGGUCCUCGCCAGAGAGCUCACGUUCGAGUCGUCCCACUGGUCCGGCAAGGAAGGGGCGGUGGACCUCAUCAAUCAGCUGCUGGACUCGGACCCCAAGCGCAGGCCCACGGCUGAGGCCGUACUCGCGCACCCCUGGAUGCAGAAAACGGCCAACCUCAGCCGCCGGCCGAUGGUCCACGCCGCGGAGAACCUGAGGGCCUUCCACCGGGGACGCAUGCAGCUGAAGGCGUGCCUGCUGGCGGUGAUGUCUGGGCUGGCGAGCCCCGAGACGUACGGCCACGACCCCAAGUCUACGGUCGGCAGCCGGACGGGGGCUUUGAAGUGGAUGGACCAGGAUAGACGUGGAAGGAAGAAGGGUUACCUGUCGGCCGCCGAUCUGGACAAGGCGCUCAAGAUGCUGGGGGAGAACCUGAGCGAUCAGGAGAUCCUGCGCAUGAUGCAGGCAUCUACUGGCCACCCGGGCACCGAGCACGCACCUCGCGUCAUGUACGAGGACUUCAUGAAGCUCGUGCCUCCGCUCUGUCCGUCACAGGUCUUCAAGAGGGGUGACACGAUCUACACCGAGGGCGAGAUCGACCGUAACUUUUACCUCAUCAACCAGGGAGAGGUUCUCCUAGAGGUCGAAGGAGUCGCGGCGAAAAAGAGGGGACGGCUGUGGGGCAGAAGCGCGGCGGAGUCGGAGAGACACGGCGAGGACUUCGUGGUGAAGCUGGAGACUUUGAAGAGAGGGAGUUCCUUCGGCGAGGCGGAGCUGCUGGCCGCUGCCGAAGCCGAGGAAGGGCUCGCCGCCGCCGCCGCCGCCCUCAAGCAACGGCAAAAUUCCCAGAAGACGGAGCGGCUCAAAUCGAUGGGCAGGUCGACGCCGGCCCAGCAGCAGCAGCAGGCGAAGGAGCCGGUAGGGAUGCUCGUGUCCGCGGCGGGGGUGAGCGGCGAGGUUGUUAAGCCUACGGCUAUCGCCGUGGAGAAGUCUCUGCCCGCGAGAAAGAGGACGCCGGGGGAGGAGUACGGCAGGGGGCCGGCUACGGGGGGGGGAGUGGCGAGGGCGGUGACGGCGGGGUGCGUGUCGGAGGAGGACUGCGAGGUGAUGGCCGUACCGCGACAUCUGUUCGCGAACCUGCUCGACGAGCUGGGAGGGGUGCGGCGAAAGCUCGAGGGGCAGGCGAAAGCGCGAGCGGCGAGAGGCCUGAACCGUCUCAUCGAAGAAAACACCCUCCCGGGGAGCCGCGAGAGGUUGGUCCCCGCGUCGGCCGACGUCUGGCCUCCUCCCACCCCAAAGGGCGGCGGUGGGCUAGACUUGGACGCGCCGGACAUGAGCGGAAUCUCGGGCAGCAGCGGGAUGGGGGAGACGCGGAGAGUGAGCAGGAGGGACGCGCCGACGGUGCUCCUUUUCCGGGAAGGGUCGGCCGCGGUGACGCUAUCGGACGGAACGAGGAUGAAGGUCGGAGCAGGUGAGGUGCUCGUCUGCGGCGUACCGAGGAGAGGCAUCCCCCGCAUUACGAAAGUCACCUCCGACAGCAAGGCGAAGGUGGUGGAGGUGCCGCUGGAGUCCUUCCGAAAGGGAGGCCUGUUCUCCUCGCCUACCUCCCUGGACGCCUUCUUGCGCGUUCUGAGCGUCGGCUUCCACGACGUUAGCGAAUAACUGCCUCGCCGGGUCUCGGUCAACGGUCGGCCGGGCGCGUCCGUCCGUCUGUCGUUUGGGGGCUCCGGCGCGUUUUUUGCGCUUGCUGAGCGUGGGACCUCCAUGGGCGUUGAGCGAAAAUUCUCGAUCUCGGCGACAGGCAGGCGGAGGCGAGUGCGUGCGUGCGGCUUCGAGGGGCCGGGGUGCGGCGACAGCGCCUGCUUUGCGGACGUCGCCGCCGCCCCCCCCCCUGGAGUCAAGCGCGCGGCUGUUGUACCGUGCCAUGUUGCGUCGAAUCUGCGGCAUCCGUUCUACUGUCGAAACGGCAGAAUACGAACAUGUCUGGUCGAACCGAAUGUGUACUGCAUUGUGGUAUGCAGCCGGAGCUGGUCUUGUCGGGAGGAAGGCUUAUACGGCGGGAAAGAAAAUUCCUGUUUUGUUUGUUUUUGGCGGCGGCGGCGGCGGGCGGCGGCCGUUUCGUCUUGGACACGAAACGGCCAACAGGACCGGCACAUACAUGAGACUCUCUCUGUCUCUCGAGACUACUCGAGCGCUGUGCCUGGUUGAUGAUUGCGGGGGGGGGGAGAGGCAGUCGACCGAGCAGGGAGCAAAGAAAGCGUAACAGCCGACGUGAACACAAAGGCGGCGGUAGCCAAGGCGUACGGCGAAAAAGACUUUGGAAGGCGACCGGCCUCAAGUGUGACAGAAAUCUGUUCUUUCAGCGAGACCUCGUUUUUGGGCAAGAAGGACACCACCAGCUGAGAAGAGAGAGAGCCGCGGCUUUGGAUAUGUGGGGAGAGUUAAGCCCACGUGGCGGCGGUGUCGUAGCGAACCGAACUAGUUGGAAGCACUACUUGAAGCAGUACUUGGGUGGGGGGGAAUGGAGGGAAGCAGUUGCAAGGCGCCCGCUCGGCGAGGCUCACACGAAAGGGGCAAAGCGAAGCAGACCGAGGCCGUGAUUGUUCGGGCUACUGGUGGCUCAUUGUUGUCUUUCCUGAGCGCGUUGGCCUGGCCAGGCGGUCCUGAAGAACACGGGUUGCCUGGGUUGUUGGUGUUGUUCUGGGAGCGGUGAUACGAGAGAGGCCUACAGGAGGAGGGGGGGUAAUGAAAGACAAGAGCAUGUACAGGUUAAAGCACCCCUUGUAUUCAGGGUGGUGGAUGACGAUGAUACGGGGAGGCGGGGUGGUGUUGAUGGUGGUGGUCGCGGAGGACAACACGACGUGCGCGCGUGGAUAGAUGUUGAAAUCCCUUGCUCUCAGUGUUUUCGCUCUUUAGAUCCGCGAUGAUGGGCUUGGUUUUGAGGCAGUUCCCCAUGAUGCUGUGUCGGGCGUUUGUGUGUCAGACAGAGCAAAGAGAAUGAAGGCGAAGCACCCCUUUUGCAUGGCGCACGUGUUGCCCACCACCAUGAUGCCCGAGCGAGGUCCAAGCCGGUGUUGUGCGCUGUUUUUUUUUUUGUUGAUGACGAGACAAGAGAUCGGAGAGGAUUAGACUUGAGUCCGAUAAAGUGGGGGUAUACACACAGGUGCUACAACCGUAUGGCGUUUGUUUUGCCAUGUCGUUCCCUGCGGUUUGUUCCGGUUCUUGUGGGACCCCGCUGCUGUGCUCCCGCUUUUUUUGUUGUUUGUUGGUGUUGCAUUUUCUUAGAUCAAAUCUUUUGGAAGCCCCCGGAGCGAGCGGUGGCAGGACUCCGAUUCUGCUUUGGUCUGGGGUGCGUAUUUUCGAGCCGUUCUUUUUGUUUGUUUCUUGGUUCCUUUUCAGCUCUUGGAAGAGCCGCGUGUAAGUUGUGGCACCCGCGCCAACUUGCCAAAGCUUCGGGAAACAUACUUAUGGUACAUCGGAAAAUCGGACCAUUUCAGUCCGUUCUCGGGGAGUUUGAUUCGAGUCGGGAGGCUGGUGUUGAUGUCGCAGGCAGGAGCGAAGGCGGGGCCAAUGGAACCAUGAAUGAAAACAGAGAUCGUGAACGGUUACGCUGACUUGCGCGAGGUGAUGGGAUACUGUGCAGGUACAGACAGUGAUGAGGCGGUGCGUACGAACGUUGCUCCGCCUUUCUUUGCUUACGUAAAUACGUUCUCGGGAGUAGGGAAAGCAGGAAAUACGCUCGUUCGCUGUACGUAUUUCCUUAAUGAUGAAAUGGUGACCGGUAUUGUCGCAGCUAGCUGCGGGAGAGAAAAAGACACGUAUAUUUUGAUUUUGUUUGGUAGUCUUGAAUCAUUUCCGGUCUUUCAUUUCUUUGUUUUCUAGACAACAAAACGGAGGGCGGGCGGGCGGGAUUCAUUCGCUCUUGUCUUGUUUGGUGCGUUUUUCUCGCCUCUCCAAGCGCUCCUACUUCAUUCCCCCCGUCCCAUCAGGGUCGGUCGUAUUUUUGUGGUGGUUGGAUGAUGGGCAUGUGUGGUGUGUGCUGGUGCUCCUGCUGCUGCUGCUGCUGCUGCUGCUUUCAGGACUUGCUUGGUUGCUUGCUCCUUUUAGGCGGGAGAAAUUCAAAUAUUAGGUGGUGGUGUUGUAUUUGACGCGCGAAGACAGACGAAGAAAAAAAAAUGAAAAACUGCUGGUUGCCUUGGUCAUCGGAUUUGGUUGGUGUACAUUCUGUGGGCUUGUCGACGCGAUUUCAGCGCAUAUUCGGGUUCUGUCACUGAUGAAGAUGAACGUUAGGCGGCGGCGUGUGGAUGAAAUACAGCGUCCGUGCGCAAGACGAACGAUCAAUCGAUUCGGUCUUUUUUGUUUGCUUGCUCUCGUCGGCCGCGAGUGUGGCGCGGUGAGCGGAAAGUCAGCACAUCAACAUGAAAAAAAAAAAAUGUCGUCGUGUACUGCCAGGGGACAUCUAUUGAGACCUAGACGAAGUUCCUGCGAGCUGAGGGCUAACAACAUUCACGGAAAUGCAAUCCUGAUGAUCUCGUGAGCCUAGAGCCCUUUUUUCGAGGUUUCUCCGCCCGUAAACCUCGCCUCGAAGCGAGACUUGCACCUACCGAUAGCCCUGUGUUGCGCGGGCCCUCCCGGCGUGCCGCGCGCUCUCGGGGCGGACUACGUGAAGCGCGAGCGAGGGUAGAAAGUCGCGUCUCCGACGUCUACCAUGGAUCCACCAAUCACGCCCCGGUUUCUUGACAGUGCAGGCCAUUCAUAUAUACAUUCGGCAAGGAGCUGACGUGGAUUGUGCGUGUGCACUGGCUACACACCACACACCCUACACCACACACGACAGCCAAGCCACCAAGUCUCCGCAUGAGACGAGACAAAGUACUCUAGGUGCGUCUCCCUUUUGAUCCAGGCGAAAGGCGGGGGGGUUAGCGGCCGGUGUCGUGCGCACAGCUGUCUGCAAAACUACACCCGCCCUAGAUAAAAAAAAAAAACAUGAAAGACGCUGUUUGUUCCUCCGUGUCAUGCAAGCGCUUUUUUUUUUGUUUCCGGAAAUUAUCCUCUGGCUACUUACAACCUAUCUACAUACCGCUCUACAGCAUCAGUUUAUUGCAGAGCGGCUGCAGAGACAUGCUCCGCAUCCCACCAACACACACCAACACACGAACCUCUGUGCAUACAGUCAUCUGACUCCCAAAACCCUCUGGCAGAACAUAUAGGAAUACUACUGCUGCUGUGACUUUCCAUAUUUUCAUAUUCGGCAGAAAACGUUUUCUAGUUUCUACACACCACGUGCUACUGCAAUAAACACCGUACGUAAAUGAUUUGCGCUUCUUUUCCUCGCCUCCCGUACUCAACCCCGAUUGUCACCACCGACGGCUGUACAUCAGAUCACCUACGAAGACCACACACCCUAGAAGUAGCGAAUUUAAUUCAGCUACAACGUCUCGCCGAGGGGGUGGGUAGCGCAUGGGAGAGAGAGGGGUAAGAGAGAGAGAGAAAAACUACUACUUCGUACCUGGUACCGUUUUCUCAAGUUUGCUUGGUGUAGUUAUCUUUCUUCGUUUAAUACAAUCUUACAUACAACCCGGGAGCGUGGCACCGCGAUAACCUACAGCAGCAGUGCUUUCAUUUAGCAUCGACGGAGACCGAGGCACAAAUGCUGCACGCCACAUCUGCGCCCAGUGCCGCGCCUUGCGCGCCCAGCGCCCAGCGCCCAGCGCGGCCGCGGCCGUGGCGCAGUGAGCGGGAAGUCAUCAGCACGUGCAUGGAACACGAAAAAAACAAAGCUGUCGUCGUAUGCUAGGAAACAUCUAGCUACAGAUGCACAACCCGGGAGCGUGGCACCGCGAUAACCUACAGCAGCAGCAGUCAAGAUCAUCCCCGCUAUUUCUACGCUGUGCUGGUGGUUGAUGUUCUGUGGCGGACGAUGUGUGCUCGUUGGGCUCCAACACUCCCUGUUUUUAGUUACAGCACGUACGUUCACAUCCAACAUUCGAUGUCUCUUGAAGAUACGGGUGUCCGCGUGGCUGCGGUACAACGCAAAAGAAAGGUCAAAUCGGUUUUAGGGCGGUGGCUGCCGCUGUGUGCUGCUGCUGUGUGAUGCUGCUGUGUGCUGCUGUGUGUUCUCGAUUCUUACCACCAUCGACGGCUGUGCUUGUAUAUUUGUUAUGGAAAUGUUAGCACAUAGCCAUUAUGAGUCAAUGUUCAGUAGCACAGCAGUAGCACUGCACUUGUACGUCGUAGAUCAUCGUAGAUCUGUUAUGUGCCGGUUGGUAUGUAACGUGCGUUGUAUUUGCGGAGGAAUUUCUUCUGUAGUAGGAUUCUAUGUUGCCUUGGGCCAAGGCCUUGGCGAGUAGCUCACUCUCUCGUGUGGAUCCUUCCUGACUGUCUGGCAUCGUAGCCAUCCUGGUCAUCUCCAGUACCCAGCCAUCUUCUGGACUCCUGCAUACUCUGCGGUUUAUCUGUGUGUGUUGGCCACAUAUGCGCCAGUGUUUACAACAUCUUGUCACCUUCUUCAUCACACGGAAGCACUCACGUCUUCCAGGGCGUCCACUACACUAGUGCCACCAACUUGAUUAGCGUCAAGGACACAGCCUCUCUGCCACCUUGCUGGGGUAUACCACAAUAUCCA